GCGUCGUUUUCAGCCACUUGCCUCCUCGCUGUAUCCUCUCAGAGCAGCCGCUCACUCGCGCCCGCCCUGCGCGCGCCCUCGCCUCGCGCGAUGGCCGCUUCGUCGACGGCUCCGCGGCCCGGCCGGCUCAUCGACUCGCUCGACGAGGCGGCGAGCGCUCUCCGCAGUGGGCGGCUGGUUGCCUUCCCGACUGAGACUGUGUACGGGCUGGGCGCCGACGCCUUCAACGAGGCGUCCGUCGCGAGCAUAUUCACGGUCAAGGGGCGGCCUCGCUCCGACCCCCUCAUCGUGCACGUGGCGAGCGCCGGCGCGGCCGAGGCUCUGGUGCGGCUCGGGCCGGGCGGGCUGGAGCUGAUGCGCCGACUGACCGCGAGCUUCUGGCCGGGGCCGCUCACGCUGGUCGCGCCCGCGGUGCCCGAGCUCCCCUCCGCCGUCACCUCUGGCAGCGGCUACGUCGGCGUGCGGGUGCCGGAGCACGCGCUGGCGCGCGAGCUGCUGCAGCGCGCUGCGGUGCCGGUGGCGGCGCCGUCGGCGAACCGGUUCGGGCACGUGAGCCCGACCCGCGCACAGCACGUGAUGGACGACCUCGCCCACCACCCCAUCCUCGUCCUCGACGCGCCGCCCGCCGAUUGCUGCGGCGUAGGCAUCGAGAGCACCGUCGUCAAGAUAGACGAGCAGGCGGGUGAGCUCGUCCUGCUGCGCCGCGGCGGCGUGCCCGAGGCCUCCCUCGAGCGGUGGCUCGCGGCGGAGCAGGGCGGCGCCGCGCAGCGCUUCACCCUCAAGCGGAUGGUCUCGCCAGGCAUGCUGCUGACUCACUACUCGCCCGACUUGCCCGCCUACCUGCUGCGCGGCCCGCAGCUGCUGGCGGCCCCUCCCCCGGGCGCGGGCAGCGCGCCCCUCUCGUUGGGCGAGGCGGUGCUGCUCGACUUUGGGGGGCGGCUCGCGCACCUCCGCCCCGCCGCGGCCGCGUACAGAGACCUCUCGGAGCGGGCGGACGCGGCGGCGGCGGCGAGCGGCGUCUUUGAGGCGCUGCGCUGGGCCGAGGCGCAGCACGCCGCGGGCGCGCGCUGCGUCCUCGUCGCCGACGUCGAGGCUGCGGCGCGAGGCGGAGAGGCGGCCGAGUGCGUGCCUGCGCUGGCCGACCGGCUCUACCGCGCCGCUUCGGGCGUGCGUGCGGAGCUCGUCGCCUCGCCGGGCACCGGCGGCGCCGUGGCCGUCUGGCUGCUGCCUCCCGAAGCUAGCGUCUGACUCCAACGCGCGACGAGUAGAGGCACACACGUGACGUGUGCGCUGAGACGUGAGAGCCCGACACAUACGGCUCUAUGCACCAACGUUCCUCUCUGAGACACCUCCUACUGACGUACCACUGAAAGCUUCCAGCGCCUGCUGUCGAUCUCUCAUGGUCAUGCAUCUCUCUCCUUCACUCCUGAGAGCUCUCUGUGCAUGUUUCUGUGUAUUCCAGCGUGCACACUGGAAUAGUCGUCUGUCGUGUCAUUCCAGGUCAUUUGA